GAGGAGAAGAAAAACUCUUGAGUGUUAUUCAGAAUGAAAUGAGAUUCCUAAAAACGAGUAUGAUUGAUCCUCACUCCCCAAUCUCUUCUCCAAUUAAGUAGUAUUAUGUUUCGUUGCAAAAUUAAUAUUGCAGGGUUCAAAGACACAAGGCCGACGUGGCCAGAUUGCAGCAAAGGGUCCAAAACCAAAUCACUCAGACAAACAAAAUUGCCGAAGUGACAUCGGAAAUAAAUCAACAACGACUCGAGGACCAAAUGCUAAGAUGCCUUAAGAUUAAGGAGAUCGUCUUGCCGGAGCGGUUCGUCGAGGAGGCGUUCCCGGAACUGUCGGAAGAGGACGAAUGCCGAAUAGAUCACGCUCUCAAGACCAAACGCACAAGUCCGACCGAAGUACUUGUCCAAAAAUUCAAUUUGAACAUUACGCGCGCCGACAUUCAAACCUUGGACGGAUUGAAUUGGUUAAACGAUGAGGUGAUAAACUUUUACAUGAAUUUACUGAUAGAACGCGGAAAGAUCGAUAAAUGGCCGAAAGUGUACGCUAUGAAUACAUUUUUUUACCCAAAAUUAUUAAAGGACGGGCACGCUUCGCUGAAACGUUGGACUCGACGUGUUGAUAUCUUUUCCUAUGAUAUUAUUGCAGUUCCGAUUCACUUAGGUAUGCAUUGGUGUAUGAGUAUAAUCAAUUUUGAAAAUCGCACCAUACAAUAUUAUGAUAGUAUGGGAAAUCCCAAUAAUCGAUGCCUUCACGCUUUGCGCAAGUAUCUCAAAGCCGAGCAUUUAGAUAAGAAAGGUGAGGAAUAUGACGUUAACGACUGGGUCUUGGAAAAUGUGAGCGAUAUUCCGCAACAAAUGAACGGCAGUGAUUGUGGUGUGUUUUCCUGCACAUAUGCAGAAUUUCUCACACGAAAAGCCGGACUUAACUUUAGUCAAGAGAAUAUGCCGUAUUUACGCCGAAAAAUGAUACUUGAAAUUUUAAAUGGUGAAUUGAUUAUUCAAUAAUUCAAUGUCCUUUUAUUGUAAA